ACACCCUCACCCUCACCCUCACCCCCUAACAUGAAAAGAAAAAAAUUCUACCGAGCCAUUACUAUCGUUUAUAUAAGCAAGUUUUAUUAGUUAGCAAUACAACACAAAAGAAAUGGAGAGAUCGGGGGAAGAGAGUUCUUCAUCAACCUCAAGGGAACCAUCCCUCCUUCCUCUCCAAAACCCUAACAUCUCCCCCAAUUCAUCUGCAAUUAGAAGACCUCGUUGGCCAACAAUCGACGGCCCAUUAGGACUUUCAGAAGAAGAAUCAUUGAAAUAUGCUCGACGUUUUUACAAGUUUGGGUUUUUGCUUCUUCCUUGGCUUUGGGCUGUCAAUUGCUUCUACUUUUGGCCUGUUCUUCGCAAUUCUCAAUCCUUUCCUUCCAUUCGUCGAUAUGUUGUAGGAUCAGCAAUAGGGUUCUCAAUUGCUACAAUCCUGGUAUCUUCGUGGGCGUUGACAUUUUCAAUCGGAGGGGAGCAUCUUUUUGGGCCACUUUGGAAUAAACUUGUAAUGUACAACGUCGCUGAUCAAUGGGGUUUAACAGGUUGGAUGUAGUUGCUAUAAUGUCCGGAAUUUCUCCACCAAAUGUUCAUAGUUUCUCCGCCGUCCUCUUGUGAGUCGUGACUAAAGAUUACGCUAAUAUUCUGUGUUGAGCUUUAUAUUCAGGCAUUAAAAUGUGGUUUCCGAUUAGACAUCAAUUUGAAAGUUAUAUUGUAAUACUGGUGAAAUGGAGUCGUAUUGCUCUUGAUAGAAAUACAUUACUUCAUAACAACACUGAAGGGGAAGAUUCCAGGUUUUCUUCAUCUAUAUUUUUAUGUUCCAUUGGCAACUUGACAUAAAUUGUAGCUUAUAAUAGAAAUAUUAGAUUGUUUGGCA